AAAAAAAAGGUGCAAGUCAGAAUGAGGAUAGCACAGUUUAACUUGUCAGAUAUUAGCGUGGCUGAAUUUAUGUAUAACGCAUUCAAUCGUUUGCUACUUGCUACUAGUUGCUACUAGUACUACCUUUUAAUAAAGGGUUUUUAAAGAAGCAUUGCUUCCAAAUUUAUAUCCACAACCAACAGGAGAGAAAAAGCAAACACAUGAUAGACACUGAAUUCGAUUGAAAAACAAAUCCUGGGGUUGGGUUAUUUAUCAAAACACAGCUUUUCUUUUCUUUUCUUCUCUUUAAUCUUUGAUUAUUUAAUGAUGGUAGUAGUAUAAAAGUUUUUAUAAGUUGAGUGGUGGAGGCGGUGGUGGUGAUUCAGAGAGUGGGGUAUUAGUAUUGGGAGGAGAGAGAGAGAGAGGAGAUAAAAAGGGGACAGAACAUUCUGAAGCUUUCAGAUUUGCACUAUGGUGAAGGAAGACGAAACAGCUCAUCUUCUUCUUUGAUUCUCUCUGUUUUUUUCUUUUCUUUUUCACCUUUUUAGGGUUUUUUCCUUUUUUUUUUUUUUUUUUGUUGGAUUGCUGUUUUGUGUUUUGUCGGAACACUCUUGGAGGAUUAGAGAGUUCUCUGUUCCUCUCUCUCUGUCUACACACAGCAGCAGCAAUAUAGCCCACACUUUUUGCCUCUGUCUCGUUUCAUUUCCAUCGAAUUGAUCCUUUCUCCACCAAAGAAUACCAUUUCAGAGAAAGAGAGCAGAACAAUCUUCAGAAAGCUCUUCCUGGCUUGUUUCUUUGUGAAGAAAUGAAGUUUAUGAAACUUGGAUCCAAACCGGAUUCGUUUCAGUCCGAUGAAGAUUCCGUAAGAUACGUAGCAACGGAGUUAGCUACUGAUGUAGUUGUAAAUGUAGGAGAUGUGAAAUUCUAUCUUCAUAAGUUCCCUCUUCUGUCUAAAAGCGCUCGUCUUCAGAAGUUAAUAGCCACAACCACAACCGAUGAACAAUCAUCAGAUGACGAAAUCCGCAUUCCCGAUAUCCCUGGAGGCCCUCCAGCUUUUGAGAUAUGCGCUAAAUUCUGUUACGGAAUGACUGUGACUCUCAACGCAUACAAUGUUGUAGCUGUGCGUUGCGCUGCAGAGUAUCUCGAAAUGUAUGAAUCGAUUGAAAGCGGGAAUCUUGUUUACAAGAUUGAGGUUUUCUUGAACUCGAGUGUUUUAAGAAGCUGGAAAGACUCCAUCAUUGUUCUCCAGACGACAAGAUCAUUCUAUCCGUGGUCCGAAGAUGUGAAACUCGAUGUACGGUGUUUGGAGUCUAUCGCUUUGAAAGCUGCUAUUGAUCCAGCAAGAGUGGAUUGGUCUUAUACUUAUAACCGAAGGAAGCUUCUUCCACCUGAGAUUAACAAGAAUGGUGUACCAGUAGAUUGGUGGAUAGAGGAUCUCGCCGAGCUUAGCAUUGAUUUGUUCAAGAGAGUGGUUUCGACUAUCAGAAGAAAAGGCGGGGUUUUGCCUCAGUUUAUAGGAGAAGCUCUUGAGGUUUAUGCAGCAAAGAGAAUAACAGGUUUCAUGAUCCAAAACGAUGAUGUUGAAGAUGUGAUUGAACAAAGAUCUUUGUUAGAGACAUUGGUUUCGUUGUUGCCUAGGGAGAAACAGAGUGUUUCUUGUGGUUUCUUGAUCAAACUUUUGAAAUCUUCUGUUUCUUUGGAAUGUGGAAAAGAAGAGAGGAAAGAGCUAAGUAGAAGAAUCGGAGAGAAGCUAGAGGAAGCAAAUGUGACUGAUCUCUUGAUCAGAGCUCCAGAGGGAGGUGAAACAGUCUAUGACAUUGACAUUGUUGAAACCUUAAUCGAUCAGUAUGUUACACAAACACAGAAAAGAGACGAGCUUGAAUGUUCAGAAGACGACAUCAACGAAGGAGAUGGGUUUGUUUCAGACAGUUCAAAAGCAAAUGUCGCCAAGUUAAUCGAUGGAUACUUAGCUGAAAUCUCAAGAAUCGAACCCAAUUUGUCUCCUUUAAAGUUCAUCUCAAUUGCAGAAAAGGUUUCAAAUUUCCCAAGAUCAUCACAUGAUGGUGUUUAUCGUGCCAUUGACAUGUUCUUAAAGCAACAUCCAGGAAUAACAAAGAGCGAGAAGAAAUCGUUAAGCCGGUUAAUGGAUUGCCGGAAAUUAUCGCCGGAAGCUUGUGCUCACGCCGUGCAAAACGAGAGGUUACCUCUACGAGUCGUGGUGCAGAUCCUAUUCUUCGAGCAAGUACGUGCCACGUGUCCCACAGCGAAACCUUCUCUUCCACCGAGCGGCUCUCACGGGAGCUCGAGGACGACGACGGAAGAAGAGUGUGACUCAGUAACGGCCACGGAGGAGACGAGAGACAAGACGGGUAGUUCCGAGAAGACGAAAGCUAAAGGAGUUGUAAUGUCUCGGAUUUUUUCGAAGCUUUGGACAGGUAAAGAUAGAGAUGGUGUUGGGGAUGUUAGUAGUUCAGAUACAUCUGAAAGCCCUGGCUCAGCUACCACCGUCGGUGAUAAAUCGACGCCGUCGACUCGCCGCAGAAGAUCAUCGUCUUGACUUGGACAAGUUGGGCUUUUUUAUCAUAAGAUUAGGCCUUUUUCGUUUAAGCUAACUUUUGGUUUAGAUUAAAUUUUGGGUCAGUUAUUUUGGUGAUUGUAAACCCAAAAGUUUUUUUGGUUUAUGUAAACGUAACAAAUUUUGAGAAAUCCAAAUUCUAACGUUACUUUUAGAAA